CCGGGGUCAGUAGGGGGCCCCAUGAAGUGCCCCUGGUAUCUUUUAUUGUCUUUUUUGGGUGUGCUUUUAGUGUGGGCAAGGACACAGGGGCCUGGUACCUUUUUUAUAGGCUUUUUUGAGGGCGGACUGACCAUUUGGAAACUCGGGCACUGCCCAAGGGCCCGGGGUCAGUAGGGGGCCCCAUGAGAUGCCCCUGGGACCUUUUUCAUAGGCUUUUUUGAGUUUGGGCAAGGACAAAGGGGCCCCAUGAUCCCUAUUGCCCGGGGGCCCCAUGA